AUGGACGGAGUGGUGGUGGCGUUCUGUCUGCUCAUGGUCACCAGCUCGGGCGUUCCCGUGCUGGCCAUUGUCACCAGCCGCUCGCUGCGGGACCGGCCCAUGUUCCAGCUGAUCGCGCACAUGGCCGGCGCCGGCGCGGCGUUCGUGGCCGCGCUGCUGGUCGUUAGCCUGGAGAGGUACGUGGCCGUGGAGCACGGGCUGCGCUACUUCACGCUGCUGACGCCGCGCCGCGUGCAGCUCCUGCACGCCGGCGUCUGGGUUCUGGCCCUGCUGAUGGCGUCACCGCAUCUGGCGCACGCCCUCACCGCCCCCGCCCCGGCCCACGCCGUGCCCUGCUCCUACAGCUACCACGUGCCCGGGUACGCCGGCUUGGUGGCGGAGCUGCUCAUCAGCAUCCUGCUGGUAGCGGCCGUGCUGGUUGUGAACGCGACCGUCGGCCUGCGAGGCGUGCAGCAGGACCGCGAGAUCCAGCGGCAGCAGGCGGCUGGCGGUCAGAUGGCCACCUCCAGCCGCCAUCAGGCGCUCUUCGCCAUCAGCAAGCUCGCACUGCUCACCUGCGCCUUGCAGCUGCCCAAGAUGAUCGUGGACUGUGCCAGCCUAACGAGCUUCGGCUGA